UUGGAGUAUUGAGUAUUAUACUAAUUUAAACUAUUUAUUCAGAAGAAUGGAAAGUGGUGUGUUGAACAACUGCUAUCUGUAGGGAUGAGAUAGCUGGACAACAUUGUUAUGCAAUAAGGCUACAACUGUGCACACCUAUAGCUUGAGACAAUUUUAUUUUUAGGCGCUAUAUAAAUACAAUUGAAUUUAAUUGAAUUGAACCUGCGAAGGUUUACAGUGCACCAUCAGAUGAGGGACGAGAUCUGUAUUCUGCUUCUCAUGUCCAGACCAGCCAACUGCUUGAUGAAGGCAUCCCUGCACAGCGUGUGCGGUCCGCGCGUCUGUGAGACUGCGCUGGGAUCCAUCAUCUAACCGGAGCGCAUGUGAGAUGCGCUGCGCUCCACGGGGAUUCUCGAGAGGAAUAGCGCCAUCUGCCUGAAACAUUGCGGGGUAAUUCCUCCGUCUCACUGGAAGGAUUCCUGCGCCCCGUGCAUCCCGAGCGUGUUCAGUGUUUCACGUUGAGUCAUGUAGGCAGCCCGAAUGUAACGAAACAUGGGAAAUAUGGUUACAUGUGACGACAACUUACUCUCAAUAAACAAAGAAAGAAGAAAGAAGACCUGUUCGUGUUGAUAGUGCGUUUGAUGCGAACCUCUGCGAAGCUUCGAUGAUGGAUAAAGUUGUAAUUUGUUUCUUCGCUGCAGCCAGUUUACUGGUCUCAGUCCGGGGACAAAUGUUUAAAGGUGACUGCAACUUUGAGCGGCCCUACUCCUCCUGUGGCUACAGUCAGGGACGCGACGAUGACCUGGACUGGGAACAGGCCAACACCCUGGAGAAGCCACCUACAGACCAAUGGAUGCCCACAGGCUCUGCCUUCAUGAUGGUGAACACAUCGGGGCGUUUUGGGGGGCAGAAGGCUUUGUUGCUCUCUCCCCAGCUGAAGGAGAACGACACCCACUGCGUGCUCUUCCAGUACUAUGUGUCAGGCCGCGAGGGCAGCAGCCCAGGGCACCUGAACGUCUACGUGAAGGAGAACGGCAGCCCGCUGGGCAUGCCCGUGUGGAACUCCUCCGGCCCACCCUCACGCAGCUGGGCACAGGUGGAGCUGGCCAUCAGCAUUUACUGGCCCAACUUCUACCAGAUUGUUUUUGAGGUCGUAACCUCUGGACGCAAAGGUCUGAUUGCUAUUAAGAAUGUGGUUAUCCUAGGACAUCAAUGCAUGAACACACCUCAUUUCCAGACCAUCAAAGGCGUGGAGGUGAACGCAGGGCAGACAGCGACAUUUCACUGCACUGUAAAUGGCCUUCACAAAGACAACUUCUAUCUCUGGCUACAGGGCAUCAGUGGGCGAGAGGCCCCCAUGAAGGCUACUAAGCCCUGGAACAACCGGCGCUUCAUCGGGACGUUUGAUGUGGAGAACACCACCAAAGGAGACUCCGGACGCUACCGCUGCUUAGUGCAUUCUGGGACAGGGGUGGGGGUGACCAACUAUGGAGCUCUUACUAUCAAACAGCCCCCCGUUCCCAUCGCCCCUCCCCAGCUGACAGCGGUGGGCGCCACCUACCUGUGGAUCCAGCUGAAUGCCAACUCCAUCAAUGGCGACGGCCCCAUCGUGAACCGUGAGGUGGAGUACCGGACCCUGAGCGGGAGCAUGUACGACCUGCAGCCUGUGGAGAAGGCCACGCACAAGAUUGGCCACCUGGACCCCGACACUGAGUACGAGAUCAGCGUGCUGCUCACCAGGCCCCUGGAGGGAGGCACCGGAGCACCGGGACCCCCCCUCAGGGCAAAGACCAAGUGUGCAGAGCCCAUGCAGGGCCCGCGUCAUGUGGAGGUGGUGGACGUGCAGGCCAGGCAGGUCACCGUGCGCUGGGAGCCGUUUGGCUACAACGUCACGCGCUGUCACAGCUACAACCUGACGGUGCAGUACCGGGAACGUGUGAGAGGAGGCGCCGGCGAGCAGGAGCAGCAGAACCGGGAGGAGCUGUGCCUGGACACACUGAGCAGCGCACCGCAGCACACCAUCCAUAACCUCACACCCUUCACCAACCUCAGCCUCCGACUGCUGCUCCGGAACCCCGAGGGGAGCAAGGAGUCUGCAGAGAUCCACCUUCAGACAGACGAGGACGUCCCUGGUGCAGUGCCUCUGGACUCCAUCCAGGCCAGUGCGUAUGAGGAGAAGAUCAUCCUGAAGUGGAGGGAGCCGACUCAGACAUACGGAGUCAUUACUCAGUAUGAGAUGUCCUAUAAGGCAGUGAGCUCUUUCGACCUGGGGCUGGAUCUGUCCAAUCAGAGCGGCAGGGUGGUUAAGCAGGGCAAUGAGACGUCCCAUGUGUUCCUGGGGCUCUACCCCGGCUCCACCUAUUCCUUCACACUGAGAGCCAGCAGUGUCAAGGGCUACGGGCCCCCCGCCAUCACCCAGGCCACCACACGCAUAUCAGCUCCUUCUAUGCCUGCCUACGAUCAAGAGACGUCCAUCAACCAGACUGACAGCACUGUGACUAUUCUCCUAAAGCCAGCCAAGAGCAGAGGAGCUCCAAUCAGUCUGUAUCAGGUGGUGGUGGAGGAGGAGCGUCCUCGGCGGAGCCGCGGGGCUGCUGAGAUUCUCCGCUGCUACCCGCUGCCUGUGCACUUCCUCAAUGCCAGUCAGCCGGGCUCGCACUACUACUUCAGUGCCCAGUUCCCCGCCAGCCAGCUGCAGAGCCCCCGCUCCUUCAUCGUGGGCGACAACAAGACAUACAGCGGCUUCUGGAACGCACCGCUGCUGCCCCACAAGAGCUACAGCAUUUACUACCAGGCUGUCAGCACAGCCAACGGGGAGACUAAAAUAGACUGUGUUCGAGUCGCCACCAAAGCUGCUAUCCUGCUGACUCAGCUCACUACUCCAUAUCUGCGUGUGGCUCCUGCUGCCGGUGACAACCAGCUAACAGGUGCGGCCACCCAUAAGCCAGAUGCUGUUGAACCAGAGAAGCAGACUGACCACACAGUGAAGAUUGCUGGGGUCAUCGCUGGGAUCUUGCUCUUUGUCAUCAUCUUCCUCGGUGUGGUGCUCCUCAUGAAGAAAAGAAGACACUAUCAGUCCUACACUUACUACCUGAAGCUGGCUAAGAAGCGUAAGGAGACCUUGAGCAGCACUCGGCAGGAGAUGACCGUGAUGGUGAACUCCAUGGACAAGAGCUACACAGAGCAGGGCACCAGCUGUGAUGAUGCUCUCUCCUUUAUGGACACACACACCCUCAACACCAACGCCAGAACAGCUGUGUCAUCACCAUCCUCUUGCACUGUGAAGAGCAACACACUCAGCAAAACACUACCCAAGUCCUAUUACCCAGACCCACUGGUCCCAACGGCCAUCCUAGUGCCCAUUAAUGACGAGAGCCAGACGAUGGGCAGUGACACCAGUAGCCUGGUGCAGUCGCAUUCGCACUCGCUGACACACACCUUUAAGAAGCAGCGUGAGCGCGACCGCGAUCGGGACGGAUCGGUGGAGGGCGUCUCUUACCAGACAGGCCAGCUGCACCCUGCCAUCCGCGUGGCCGACCUCCUGCAGCACAUCACCCAGAUGAAGUGCUCCGAAGGAUACGGCUUCAAGGAGGAGUACGAGAUUAACGAGAGCUUCUUUGAAGGACAGUCCGCUCCAUGGGAUUCCGCAAAGAAAGAUGAGAAUCGGAUGAAGAAUCGCUAUGGAAACAUCAUUGCAUAUGAUCACUCCCGCGUACGCCUGCAGGCCCAGGAGGGGGAGCAGAGUUCUGAUUACAUUAAUGCAAAUUACGUUGAUGGCUACCACAGGCCAAACCAUUACAUCGCAACACAAGGACCCAUGCAGGAGACAGUGAUUGACUUCUGGAGGAUGGUGUGGCAAGAGAACACAGCUACCAUCGUCAUGGUGACCAACCUGGUUGAAGUUGGCAGGGUGAAGUGUUGUAAGUACUGGCCUGAUGACACUGAGGUGUACAGGGACAUGAAGGUGACUCUGAUUGAGACGCAGCUCUUGUCUGAGUACGUCAUCAGGACCUUGGCUGUUGAGAAGGUGUGUGUUCACCCACAGAGGGGAGCUCAUGAGAUUCGGGAGAUCCAUCUGUUCCACUUCACGGGGUGGCCGGACCAUGGUGUUCCCUACCACGCCACUGGGCUGCUGGGCUUCGUCCGGCGGGUGAAGGCCAAGAACCAUGCCAACGCUGGCCCCAUGGUGGUGCACUGCAGUGCGGGGGCGGGCCGGACUGGCUGCUUCGUUGUGAUUGACAUCAUGCUGGAUAUGGCGGAGAGAGAGGGCGUGGUCGACAUCUACAACUGUGUGAGAGAGCUACGAUCACGGCGCAUCAACAUGGUACAGACAGAGGAGCAGUACGUCUUCAUCCACGACGCCAUCCUGGAGGCGUGCCUCUGCGGUGACACCACCAUUCCAGCCAAUCAGCUGCGCUCCAUCUACUACGAGAUGAACCGAUUGGACCCCCAAACCAACUCCAGUCAGAUCAAGGAGGAGUUCAGGACGCUGAAUAUGGUGACUCCAACACUGCGUGUGGAGGACUGCAGCAUUGCUCUGCUCCCACGGAACCAUGAGAAGAACCGCUGCAUGGACGUUCUCCCACCUGACCGCUGUCUGCCCUUCCUCAUCACCAUCGAUGGAGAGAGCAGCAACUACAUCAAUGCAGCACUUAUGGAUAGCUACAAGCAGCCAUCUGCAUUCAUUGUUACCCAGCAUCCCUUGCCAAACACAGUGAAAGACUUCUGGAGGCUGGUGUUGGACUACCACUGUACCUCCAUCGUCAUGCUCAACGACGUUGACCCCGCUCAGCUGUGUCCUCAGUAUUGGCCAGAGAAUGGGGUCCAUCGCCACGGUCCCCUGCAGGUGGAGUUUGUGUCGGCUGAUCUGGAAGAGGACGUCAUCAGCAGAAUAUUCCGCAUCUACAAUGCAGCACGGCCUCAGGACGGCUAUCGGAUGGUGCAGCAGUUCCAGUUCCUGGGCUGGCCCAUGUACCGCGACACACCCGUGUCCAAACGCUCCCUCCUCAAACUCAUCCACCAAGUGGACAAGUGGCAGGAUGAGUACGACGGAGGGGAGGGACGCACCGUAGUACACUGUCUGAAUGGUGGUGGUCGCAGCGGGACCUUCUGUGCCAUCAGCAUUGUGAGUGAGAUGCUGCGACACCAGCGCGCUGUGGACGUGUUCAACGCCGUCAAGACGCUACGCAACAACAAACCCAACAUGGUGGACAUGCUGGACCAGUAUAAAUUCUGCUAUGAGGUGGCACUGGAGUAUUUAAAUUCUGGAUAAUUUUCCCAUGAUGCCCAGACAGGAACAGAGUUUUUGGGACCUAGAAGUGAUCUGAACUGAGGGUGUGCCUGUGUACGUGUGGAUUCUCUUGUCUUGCAGAAGUUGUAACUGUUUGGACAGUGUGUAUAUCUCUACAAACACAUUUCUGUUGGCCUGGCUUAUUCAUCAUCACUAUGGGACUCAUCCGGCUCUCAAGCGGUCAAGCUCUAAAGUCCUACGUUUCUGGAUCAUUGGAACAUUGGAAAACAAAACACAACUUUCCACUGGAGUAAAGGCAACCCUGGAAGUCCAGACACUCUCUUCUCUGCCCGCGCGCUGACCUCUGAUCCCGAGGUUACCGUGGCCUUCAUGCCAGAUUACGGUGUGGUUUGUGAGCGUCCUCCCAUCGGCUUCAGUGAAAGUGUUUGGUUUGAAAAUGUUUUUACCGUGACAUGAAUAUUUUAUACCCACCCUUUCUGCUGACUGCCUUGGUACAGAUUGAAGAGAGAGAAUAUUCCAGAUGGAUGGCAGUUUACUAUCACAGCAGUAUUGCAUUUGUCAAAGAGUCAAGUGUAUAUAGCCUAUAUACCAUGCAUUAUAUGUCAUUCUAAGAGCUUAAAAUGUGAGUUAUGAAGUGAUUUGAUAAUAAUGCGAUACCUGUUAAACUAUUUUUUUUUUUUUUAUCAAUUGCAAAACCAGACCACAUAUGCCUGAUUGGUCUGAGAUAACGUCAGAAUCAGCGCUGAGUAGCCUGCGAUCUGGACUGGCUGGAGGACAGGAGGCACCCUGUUUAUAUAGAUAUUAUAUAUGAAUGCCUGUUGACUUCGCUUCGGUCUCUUGAGCUCUAUGCAUCAGUGUGCAGUCAGUUUUGCUCCGUGCUAAAGACAGCUGUAUGUGACUUUGAAGUGCGUUAAAGGCUAUUUUGGCAAAAGUGAAGACCCAUUGUUUUGACAGUGGUCACGUUUAAAGUAUCCAAAGGUUCUCUAUAUGCUAUGUUUCUCUGUCUCGGCCAUUCUUUCGGCGCUACUCCCAUUGAUAAUGUCAAUAUUGUAAAUAUUUCAAGCCUAGCAAGAAUAUUUAUUAUUUUUGGUGUUUUUUAUUUGUUUGUUUUUAACUUUUGUUGUGUGUGAGAAACAGUGACAAUCAUAGUUAAGGGUGAAUACAUUCUAUUGCACCGAUGAUAUUGUCAAAUUUGAAACCAUUUGGUUGAAAGAAAUUAAAUAUAUGACAUGUA